GAAUUGUUGACACCGGGCACCGACAUUAGAAUUUCAAAAUUCAAUUGUUUUUUUCGAAUUUGUUAGUGCCAGUUGCUCAAGAAAUGUCGUCAAUUUUGUUGCUGACCCAAAAGAUUUGAAGUUUUGAUGAUGGCAACCCAACAGCCACUCGUCCUGUGCAUGGAUAACUCCUUGGGUGAGGAGGUGGCUCUGAGGGUGGAGCCAGAAGAUGACUUCCAAUCAUUCCUUGAUAAAGCCAAAGGCCUUUUAGGAUUGGAAGUAGACAUCAAUCUAAUAACUGGUAAUCAGGAUGUAUCUCUAACUGACAAUAUGUAUCAGUUUCUUUUGAAAGCUGAACAGAAUAUGCAUAGCACGCAAUUUGACCAAAUGUUGGAGCCAAAUCCCGAUUCAGUCUACGUAUUAGACGACGGCACUCAGAUUAGAGCAUCGCAAAUACAAUUCGACAAUGAUGAUCCAGUUGAUUUUGCUAUCGCUAACAUUCCUUUCGUUAAAUAUACUAAUGAUGUAGAUUCAGAUAUAGAAGACGUUGUUGUAGAAAAAACAGUAGAUUACAAUAUAAUCGACAGUCCAGUCGCGAAACGGCCAGAUCAUACCGCAAACCCCCAGAGCUUUGCCAACAGUCUUCCAUUCAAAUUGGUUUGCACAAACACCGCUGCAUUUGAUAGCCAAUUUGCUAAGUAUGUUGAAACAAAAACUUAUGCUACGUUAAACAACGUGUCUAACAGGAAUAAGUCUCCUAGAAGUCUUAUUCGCGAUAAUUAUAACAAAUACGACGAUAGUUAUCAACGAAAAACCGAUAACUGUAGUUGCACAAGAGAUGAAAUAUUAAAUAUGUUCAAAGAUUCACCAGUAAAUUCAUUACCAUAUGAGGGAUACAGUGAAAGAAGGCACGUGCGUAAGAGCGAUCCAUCACGGAUACAUAAAAGUUUUAAGCCCCUAGUAGCAGAUUUAGAUGGAGUAUUAAUCAGCGAAAACGGGAAUCAAAUUUGCUUCAUAUGCGACAGGAAAGUCGAUCGCGAAAAAAUAUAUCUUUUCGAUAACGAAGACCAAAAGAUUCAUAGAAAGUCACCGCAGAAGAAAACGGAAACGCAAUUGAAGAUUAUUUGCGAAAAAUGCCUGAAUGAAAAUUUUACGCCUUGCUCGAUGAAGAGCGCGAACCAAUACCUAAAUCCAGACGAGUAUUUAGUAAUUCGAAACAACCAACAGUACAUAUUCAAAAAGAUAAAGAAUAUCGAUUUCAAAACGAUACAUCGUGUAAAAAGGAACGAAAGUAAGAAAAUUGCCUCUGAAGAAUUUGUCAAAGUCGAGAUAGGUUCUGACGGCGAGAUAAUAACGAAGCCGAUAGAUGAGAAGUCUGAUGACGUCAUCGUAAUCAGAGAUAGAGACAGCUCGAGCGACGUGGAAAUUAUCGAACCGGAAGCGGAAAUAGAUACGAUCAUAGACAAUUUAGAUGAUGCUGAUGAGCAGGUGAAAGAGUUUUUAGGAAAGUACCAAUGCGACGGUAGCAAUGAAGUGGAACUUAAGUGCCGGUUUUGUGAGCGAACAUUCUCGAACAUUUCGGAAGUAAUAGAGCACGGAGAAGUCCAUAAGCAGGAUGUAGACGAUGACCAGGUCUUCCCCUGUCCACUCUGUAACUACGGUUAUGCCCAUUACAAAUGGCUUAAAGGUCAUCUAAUGGCUGCUCAUGAGAAGAAAUCUGACGAUGUGAAAAAGGAAGCAGCUGAUAAAGACAAGGGAACAGAAGAUCAAAAUCAAACCACUGUAGAAGUGAAGUGCGAAGCGAUAGAAGAGAAUCCUGCGAGCAGCGACGACGAGAUAUGGAUUGUACAGACGGCGGACGCGGAUGUGGAAGGGACGGACCAACUGCAGAAACUACUCGACGCUGCUAACGUCGUCGAAAAGCAAGAUGAGGUUAAAAAAACUCCAAAAUGUCUCAAUUGCAGUCAAAUAUUCCCGUCGCUGGAGGCGCUUGCUACCCACCGGUGUCGCCGACGCGGCAGGAAACGGAAAUCGACCGGUAACGACUCUACAACGAUAUGUAUGCCGACACAACAGGAUUUUAUUAAGAGAGCCCAAGGAAGGCCACGGCAAACAGAUGUGAAUGGUGAUAAUUCGAUUAUUCCGAAGCCUCGUAAAAAGAAGUCCAGGGAGCCCUCAUCAGAUCCUCAAAUCGUCACGUGCGACAACUGCAACGAGUCGUUCACAUCCAAAGUCAGACUUAAGUUUCACAUGCAGUUCCACGAGUCGACGCCGAUGCUGUCGGAAGGUAGAUACAGAUGCGUGGAGUGCGCGGGCGCAGUGUUCGGCACCGAGACGGCGCUGUUCGACCACGUGCACUUCCAGCACGACAAGCUCAAGCGCUGGCAGUGUCCCGUGCACGGCUGCGGGAAGACGUUCCAUCUACGAGCGACACUGACGAAGCACAGCCGCACGCACACCGACACGCGGCGCUACGUGUGCGUCACGUGCGGGAAGCGGUUCCUCGACAAGCAGACCCUGGACGAGCAUGGAGUCACGCAUUUGCAGAUCAAGCCGUUCCAGUGCCACAUCUGCCUGAAGCAGCUGACGCGGCGCUCGCGCCUGCGCAUGCACGUGCGCGCGCACGAGGAGGAGCUGGCGCCGCGCCGCGUGCUCGUGUGCGCCGCCUGCCGCCGCGCCUUCCGCGACGCGCCGCACGCGCAGGAGCACGCGACGAAAUCCACGGAAUGUAUCGAAGCGUUUGCGAAUGACUUAAAGGUGGAGUCUGAAGAGGCGACCGUGCAGCUCUCGCCCACCAGCGGCAUCGUCAGGCACACCGUGCAGAUCCUCGAAUCUCCAAAACUAUCAAAGCCGAUACCUCGGCAAGUGGAUAGUCCACUGGCCCAGCCACUACUUUCGCAAGUCACUGACGAAGCGAGGUCUAUAAUACGCGUCGUGGAAAUAGAAAAGGCGUUUAGAUGCGAAUAUUGUGAAGAUGUAUUUUAUUUGGAGGACAGCUUGAACUCCCACCGUGCCAUACAUAAGGGCGUGAGGAAUCCCUUCACCUGCCACAUAUGCAAAGUUAGCUUUGCCACUUAUUCCAGAGUGACGACACACAAAACCACCCACGGGUUCUACAAGCGCUCGCUCGCGUCGGCUCGUCAGCAGGCCGGCCAGGUUGGAGACCAGAGCAGCCAGGGUCCAGCAGCCACCGGCAUCCUCGGCUACGGAGACUUCCCUGUGGUCAAACACUUCUUAUGUGAGGACUGUGGGAGGUCUUACCUCCACUGGACAUACCUACAAGUGCACAGACGUAUGAAGCACGCGAACGAGAACUACACGUACGCUUGCAACCAGUGUGAGCUGACCUUUCCUAACAGUAGCAGUGUUGGAUACCACCGUAAAAAGGUCCACGGGAAGACAGGACCCGAUGACCCUCCUGCAGCAGCUUCCAAAGAGCCCAGAGUGAAUUACAGGAUACCAUGUCGAGACUGCAACGAGGUCCUGCCAAGCAAAACUGCGCUCUACAAGCACAGGAAAAAAGAACACUGCGAUAUAUCAUGCCGACCAGGUAUAUUUUGCUGUGGCACUUGUGGUAAGCAAUACAGUAGUCGAGCUGGCCUGGAGGCGCAUCUGUUGUCCCACUCUGGGAAUUCUUAUGACAAGUACGGUGCGGGUCAUUGCAGGGUGGGAGGUGCCGGCGGCGGGUGCGCGUGGCGCUGCCCGCAGUGCGGCGCGCGCUGCGCCACACGCUAA